AUGUUCGUGGUUGUUGCAGCGUUCCAAAUAGUGCUUCUAAACUCAGCUGUACUGGCUGCUGAUCGAUGCAAUCUCAAGAAUGGAAUAACAGAUGACGUCAGAGAUGUGUUUCUCAAUAAACACAACGAAUAUCGAUCGCAGGUCGCAAGAGGUCUCGCCAAAGACAGGCAAGGUGGUACUACACCAACAGCCGGGAAAAUGGCGAGGAUGAGUUACGAUUGCAAACUCGAAGAAAGUAUGAUGAAAUGGCUAAAUAAAUGCAUAUUCCGAGACUCUAAAAGUGGAAACGGAGAGAACAUUUGGUUGUCAACUGAUACCCGUUUGAACAAAACGCACGCUGCGACAAUGAGCACCAAAAUAUGGUUCAGCGAAUUAGAAACCAAAGGCAUUGGGAAAGAAAACAUACUGACGGAUCAGGUAUUUAAUCGAGGCGUUGGACAUUAUACGCAAAUGGUUUGGCAGUCAAGUAGAAAAAUUGGAUGUGGCGUGAAAGUUUGUGAAAAAUUUGUGCUUGCCGGUUGCCAGUACCAAAAACGAGGAAAUUUAAUUGGAGCCGACAUUUAUGAGAAAGGCGAUGUAUGCUCAAUGUGCAACUGUCAGCAGUGCCGAUGCAACAAAAAAGAAGGUCUUUGUGAUGCCCCAUAA